AUGGCGGCUGAUCAAAUAUGUUACACAUUAGUUAGUGUGUCAUCUGAGGCCAAAGCGUACACAGAGCAAAAACUCAAAGAAGAUUUGCAAAACAGCGACGACAAUGUUAAGCGAGAAGCACUCAAGGAACUUAUUCGAUUAAUUAUUAAUGGCGAGAAGUUUCCUAAUCUUUUAAUGACUGUGAUUCGUUUUGUUAUGCCAUCCCAAGAUCAUAUGAUUAAGAAAUUAUUACUUUUAUUCUGGGAAGUUGUCCCUAAAUAUGGUUCAGAUGGGAAGCUUCUGCACGAAAUGAUACUUGUCUGUGAUGCUUAUCGAAAGGAUUUACAACAUCCGAACGAAUUUAUUCGAGGGUCUACAUUGCGAUUUCUGUGUAAAUUAAAAGAACCCGAACUGUUGGAACCUAUUAUGCCAUCUAUUCAACAAUGUUUAGAGCAUCGGCAUGCUUAUGUUCGACGUAAUGCAGUAUUGGCAAUCUUCACCAUAUAUAAGAACUUUGAAUCACUUAUUCCUGAUGCUCCUGAAAGAAUCUUACGAUUCCUGGAACAAGAACAGGAUUCUUCUUGCAAAAGAAAUGCCUUUAUGAUGUUACUUCAUGUUAGUCAGAGUACCGCUCUUGACUAUCUAACUUCUUGUUUGGAUGAAGUGCAGAAUUUCGGUGAUAUAUUGCAGCUUGUAGUUGUAGAACUAAUCUACAAAGUAUGCCUUGCUAAACCAUCUGAAAGACUACGCUUUAUUCGAUGCAUUUAUAGUCUACUACAGUCUAGUAGUGCCGCUGUGCGCUAUGAAGCUGCUGGAACAUUGACAACGCUUAGUUCAGCUCCAAGUGCCAUCAAGGCAGCUGCAAGCUGUUACAUCAAUUUAAUUUUGAAAGAAAGUGAUAACAAUGUAAAACUAAUUGUUUUAUCACGCCUCACUGAUCUGCGUCAAUAUCAUGAGCGUAUUUUACAGGAUCUUGUUAUGGAUAUAGUACAGAUUAUAAAUGCUUCUGAUAUGGAGGUUCGCCAGAAGGCACUUGAUUUAACGAUGGAUUUAGUAACUGCUCGUACAGCAGAAGAAUUAAUCAAAAUAUUCCGUAAAGAAUUGAUCAAAGCAUGCAGUACGAAUACACGAGCUUCAGCUACAACUAGUGAUAGUACGAAGACACCUGGAGAAGAGGAGCAAAAUUCUGAUGAAUCUGUAUAUCGUUAUUCAUUGGUCCACACCAUAUAUGAUAUUUCUCUACGAUUUCCAGAAAUAUUACCCACUAUUGUACCGACAAUUUGUGAUAUUCUAACCUAUGAAGAAAUCAAUGAUACAAGAGCUGCUAAUGAGGCGUGUAGAUUUCUACGUGAAAUUAUGGAACGAUUUCCGGACAAAAAAGCUGAUGUUCUUGAAAAACUAAUGCAAGUUUUUCCUUCGAUUGUUGGACGCGAGACUCUACGACAUGUGUUGUGGAUUUUUGGUGAAUAUUGUACCACUUAUGAAGAGAUUAAUGCUUUUAUAACACUCGUUCGACAGGUCAUUGGUGAGCUACCGCUUGUUGAUGAAGAACUCCGUAGACAAGCUGAUCAAGUAAAUUCAAUGGAUCCAUCUUCUGAAAAUCGUAACCAACCAUCUGUGCUUAUAUCAGGUGAUGUAAAUGUGGGGGUCAAUCCAGCACAGCGUGUUACUGCAGAUGGAACAUAUGCGACUCAGUCAGCUCUUACGCUUCGUUCAAACAAAGAUGCAUCUGGUUCAGGGAAUACUGUCAAACGACCUGUUCUACAAGCAGCACUAUUUGAAUCGCAUUAUAUGCCUGGAGUUGUAUUAUCUGUUUGUUUAGUGAAGUUGUUCUAUCGUUAUUCAUGUAUCUUGAAUUGUGAACAAAACAAGGCUGGUAAAGAUGAAGGCGUUAAAAGUAAAUUCACCUCGAAGGAGAAUUCAUUUGCCGCUGAAUGUAUGCUUAUUAUUGCUAGUAUGAUACAUUUAGCUACAAGUCAGCUACUUCCACAUCAAGUCAAUCCUGAUCAUCUUGAUCGUAUGUGGAUUUGUUUAAAAAUCUUAGCUGAUCGUCGUCCUGAGGUUUUAGAAGCUUUUGAACGAACUUCUCGUGCUUGUCUAGCUGAAAUGCUUACCUACCAAGAAUCGGAACGUAAAAGUAAUGCUAAAGCUCGUAACCAAGGUUUAAUUGAACAUCAGAAACAGCUAGCUGAGCUGAAUCGUGCAGAUGCACCAAUCAAAUUUUCUUUGCUCACUGGUCAAACAGAAUUUGGCGAUACUGUAGAUCGAUUUGAUUUAACGCUUAGUCAAGCAUUGGGUGCAGCUGGUAAAGGUGCAUCUGGUGAUGCAUAUGCCACAUCUAAGCUUAAUAAGGUCCAUCAAUUAACUGGUUUCUCUGAUCCCGUGUAUGCAGAAGCUUAUGUCCAUGUGAAUCAAUUCGAUAUCUUAUUAGAUGUUCUGGUGGUCAAUCAAACUAAAGAUACUCUACAGAAUUUAACACUUGAAUUAUCUACAUUAGGUGAUUUGCGUUUGGUUGAAAAACCAAGCCCUCUGACUAUCGCACCACAAGAUUUUGCUAAUAUCAAAGCAAACAUUAAGGUUUCGUCUACUGAAAAUGGUAUCAUCUUUGGAAAUAUAUCAUAUGAUGUUCGAGGUUCAUCCGGUGAAACAACAUGUAUUGUUUUAAACGAUAUUCACAUUGAUAUUAUGGAGUACAUCAUGCCAGCCACUUGUACACCAAGUGAAUUUCGACAAAUGUGGUCUGAAUUUGAAUGGGAAAAUAAGGUCACUGUGAAUACGCAAAUCAAGGAUCUAUUCACCUAUUUGUCACAGAUUACAAGUCAUACAAAUUUGCGUUGUCUUACGCCUACUGAAGCUCUGCUUGGCGACUGUGAUUAUCUUUGUGUUACACUUUAUGCAAAGACAAUAUUUGGUGAACAUGUUUUAGCUAAUUUAUGCUUGGAAAAAUCAGAAGCUGAUCAACCUGUCACCGGUCAUGUAAGAAUUCGAGCUAAAACACAGGGGAUGGCUGUUACAAUGGGUGAAAGAGUGAGCAGCUGUCAAAAAAACUGGCCGGUUAAUGAUUCACAACAGAAUGUGAAUAGUGCUAAUACAAAACAUCAAGCUGAUGAAAAUUGUGAUACAAAUGUGAUGCACUCUCAUUCACCAGUUGUCGUUGGUGGUGGUAAUGGUGUAAUGGUAAAUAGUCACUGA